AUGAAUUCUAAUCAGAAAUCUUCAGAAAAUAGAAGUUUUCCAUUAAAUGUCAGUAAUAAUCGUCAAACUGUAUUAAAUCGUUUAAAUGAACGUCAUACACAGAGUCAAAUUGUUAAUAGUCAACGAAAAAAUGCUGAUUCAUUUGGUAAUGGAAAUAUUCAUGAAAAUUUUUUACAACAUUUCACUCAAUACAAAUUAGCUAUUGUUACAGAUUUAGAAGAUAUGACCAAAAAAAUACAAGGAUAUAAUUUACCAAUAAAUGAACGUACUCAGUUUGUGGAUGACAUUUUAGCUCGUUUAGAACAUAUGCAGAAUUGGUUGAAUGAAGCGUCAAUGUAUCUUACUUCAUUCGAUAAUGAACAAGCACGUUUAGAGUUAAAGAGCUUAAAUGAUCUAUUUCAAGAGAAAAAAACAGAAUUGUUACCUAGUAAGAAAUUUGGUUUUUCACGUCAACAGACAACUAAGAAACAGGAAAAUGAAAAUAAAAAUGAAUCUCAUCCAGAAUCUUCAAUUUGUAAAUCGUCAUCUAUUGUCGCCCCAAAAAAUAAUGACUCAAUAAUUUAUGAUGAGCGUUUCAGUUUAAUCAAUAUUACUGGCCCUAAACAUUUUAUUAUACCAAAUAUCAAUUGUUCAUCGGAUUCAUUUAUUUCACAAACUGUUUACUUGAUUGAUUUAAUAGAUUGUACAAUUGAAAUAUGUCAUGUAUUUGGUAGUUUAAUUGGUCGUCGUUUAAAAAAUUGUAAAAUUUAUGCCUAUCCUAUUUCAGGUUCAGUAUGGCUUGAUGAAUGUAUUAAUUGUGAUUUAGUAUUUGCUUGUCGUCAAUUAAGAAUACAUCAAACAUCCAAUUGUCGACUUGGAUUACAUAUGGCUAGUCGACCUAUCAUUGAACAAUGUACAAAUUUAAAAGUAGCUCCAUAUCAACUUGUUUACAAAUCACUUGAACAAGAUUUAUCUACAGCUGGUCUAUCAAUUAAUAGUAAUUUAUGGCAUGAAGUUGAUGAUUUUAGUUGUCCUAAUAGACGACUUACAAAAACUUCUCCAAAUUGGUGUAUAAUGCCUGAAGUCGAUUGGUCUUCAUUAUGCCCAAACAAAAAUUAAUAUAAUAUUAUGUAAUUCUUUUCGAAAUAAAAAAACUGGUUUUUAAAAAUGUAUAUGUACGCAUGUAUGAAUGUCAGAAAAAUUUGAAUGAUCUAAUCUAAGAACAAUGUAAUUAUUAGGAUUUUUAUUUACUUUAUUAACCUUUUUAUUUGUUUUCUGUUCGACUAUUUUGUACACUCUUAAGUGUCCGAUCAAUCUUACUACCUCUC